UAAAAUAAAGAGUUCUUCAAAAUGUCAGCACAAUGGUGGAGGUUGCUUUGACCACGGUGCCAUCUGUCAUUUCACAUCACAACACAAAACUAUCAACAAAACAACAUAAGCCCUCCCAGCUCAUCCCCUCCCAAACCACCCAUUCCCUUAAAACUAUGUGCAAUCUUUCUUUCUAAACACCACCAAACCGGCUUCGGUUCUGUUGAAUUCCAUUUCCCACGAUACUUCGUCCGCAACCAUUGCCGAAACGUCAGCAGUACAGCGCGCAGCAGCUCGCCCGAUUAGUCCGUGCCUAAGGUGUGAAUGUUUUGCCGUCCGUACAAACUCGGUGCUCGUCCACUCAGCAUUGUUUUUCGGUGUUCGGUUAAAGUUUUUCUUUUUGUUGUGGUCUGUGAUGUGGUGAAUAAGCAGUUGAAUGUGACAUUAAAACCUCGUGAAAAUCAGAGUGCUGCAGGUGGAUCACCAGCAUCCUGCCCACCAAGGUGACGCAUCAAAGUGGAAGCUGUGUUUUCGGGAAGCUCUUUCGGGUGCUCUUUAGCACUGUAUUCAUCAUUUGUUCCUUGCUUCGUGCCAGCAAUCAUCUCGCUAUCGAGACUUGGAGCUAUCCAAGAACUUACCUUACUGCAGCAGGUUGGUCAGCGGGCCAGCCCCCGAUCGCAGCAUUCAUUCAUCGUUCGGAGCGCUUCUGGAGCGCGCCAAUAGGCCACGUGUGCCUUUGGAGAGAAUCGAAAGUAAACCCGGGAACGCUCGAGCUGUAGCUAGGCGCCUUCGGCGUCUGUAGUGUGUAUUUUACCCCCAGGGCAAUUUGAAGAACAGUAACCGCCUAUCCACCCGUUCCUAAUUCCUAACUCGAUCUUGUCCGCGACACGACGACGACGACGACGACGCAAGAGCUGAUAAAUAAGUGGAAGAAACGGCGAGCGAAAGGUGAAUGAAUCGCGGUGGCGAGUGAAGCACGCGGCCGGACCGUCGUGGGACGCGUUUGGAAAGAGCGGGUGUCCGAAAAGAUUUCUCCCGCGGUAAGUGGAUGUGGUUGCGGUCCACACAGACGGGCGGUUCCAAAGAUUACGUAGCGCCAAAGCGAGCCAGUGCCAACCUGUUUUCAAUCGUAUUCCACCAUCAUCGCGGGCGAACAUGGUGCAGCAGCGUUAGCGGUUGGUUCGUGCGAAGAAGGACCCAGUCAGACAGUCUUGCCAAACGGUCAGGGAAAGAGCGGUGAUAAUUGAUGAGAUAUAGUGUUUUGAGGUUGAAGUUUUGGUCGAGAGCCACAAUAAUACGCCUUUGUUCGAUCGUCUUGUGAUCGUUGCCACAUCUGGAAUUUGUGAUUUUCUCAAAUCAAAGCAACCGACAAGCAUAGUGUAACCAUGGUUUUGUGGAAUGAGUGAUCAGUUACAGCGAGGUGUGUAGUAUUGAAAGCAAGACAACAGCAAAAGAACACAUUUUCCUAUUCUGUGAGUGCGAUUAUUUGGGACUGACAAGCAAGACAGCAUGGAAACAAAUUUGGUACGCGUGCUGGAGGGACAAUAUCUGGACGAGCUGACGAGCGAGCUGUGCGAUUUUACGCUGGAAGAGCAGAAUGCGGCCACCGAAGCGCAGGGCGUGAAGCCGUUGGCCUCCUCCGACUAUGUACCGAUCGUCGGCAAAACGGUCACGUACGUGGUGGCGUGUGUGAUCGUGAACGACAGCAACGAGGUGCUGAUGAUGCAGGAAGCGAAAGAAUCGUGCGCCGGCAAGUGGUACCUACCGGCUGGCCGCAUGGAACCGGGCGAGACGAUCGUCGAGGCGGGCGUACGAGAGGUGCUGGAAGAGACGGGCCUUAAGGUGGAAAUUACUACACUACUAGCGGUGGAAACGGCCGGUGGAUCGUGGUUCCGUUUCGUGCUCACCGGCAAUGUAAUCGGGGGUGAACUGAAAACCCCUUCCCAAGCGGACCAAGAAUCCAUUCAGGCGAAAUGGUGUCAAAAUCUAAACGAACUAUCACUCCGUGCGAACGACAUCCUGCCGGUGGUGGAGCUGGCCCGCAACUAUCGCAAACGUGUGCCCAAAGAUCCAAACUGGCACCGGGCGAUAUUGCCCGCGCGAAAAGCCCACUACAAAAACUAUCUCCGGGUAGUGGUGGCGAUCAAGAACAAAACCACCAACCAGGUGUACGUGUUGCUGAGCGAGAAGACAGCCUACCACUUUCCGACGGUUGAAAUUCACCCGGGGCGCAGUAUUCAUUCCACGCUGAAGAAAUUUAUGAUCGAACUGUUUGGAGCGGAUCUGCCCCAGCACCGGCCACACGGUGUGCUGAGCGUCGAGCACCAUACGAGCGGUGCCCAGGCAAACCCAACCGACGGGCUUUGCCUUACGGUGCUGGUCAUCUGUCGACCAUCGAUCGAGUCGGUUUCACUGAUCGGGAAAUGCAUUUGGCACGAGCUAAGCAAAGACCUGAGUGCGCGGCUGGCGAUGGCAGUUGCCGGUAAAAAUGCCACCUUCCAGCUGCACGUGGUACGAUGAGCUGGGUGUCGGUUGUUGUUGCGUUGGCGCGAUCUGUGGUGUACAUUGCUUUUAUUGUGCGGAAAACUAUGGUACGGGAUGCGAAUGGGAAGGAAUAAUACUCUUCUUUGUAAGAUUUAUGUUUAUCCCGCUUAUCGCCGUGGAAGUUGUUAUGCGAAAGGGAUAAACAAGUAUUUUAACUUUAUGUUUAACGAUAUAAAAACCAAACACAACAACAUACCAUAAACGAAAGAUUAAAAUGGCAAGUUAAGUGACUACCAGCUAACCAGGUACAUUUUUGAAAAUUGUUGAAUAAAUAUUUAUUAAGUCAAAAAGGAAA